CUUAAAUAAGUUAUAUAAUAAUCAUACAUUCAAAUGCUAUUUCCAGUUAACAGAAAUUUUAAUUUCUUUAAUUAUACAUCAUCAAGUGCACACUAGUCUUAUCUAGUGAUUGAGUAUGUUGACUCUACUUAUGACUAUAAAAAAAUUCUAGGUGAAGUGAAGGUGCCAUUUUCGGUGAUAAGAUUUUAAACCAAAGUGUUUUUGAAGGUGUUACUGGUAUAACUAAUAUAAAGUAUCUCAUACCUUAAAUCUAAAAUGUCUGCUUCCACCGAUGUGAAGCGCAUUAUCUUCGACUGUGAUCUUGGAACAGACGAUGCAGUUGCUCUGUAUUUACUUCUCUUGGCCGAGAGGGAAGGCAAAGUGAAGAUAGAAAUGAUCAUUUGCUCAAGAGGAAACGCCAGGCAGUAUCAUGUGUGCAGAAAUGUAGUUCGAAUGUUGGAAUACGCAAAUAGAACUGAUAUUCCUAUUUAUCGAGGAUCUUAUGAUGUUUUACUUCCGAGUACAUUCGAAGACCAAAACUAUCACGGCGUCGAUGGUUUUGCUGACUUAACAUAUGAUGAAGAACCGGAUACUUCUAUAAUACGCUCAGAGUCAGCAUUUGUCGCCAUGAGAGACUUAAUUGUUAACAAUCCACAUGAAAUUACAAUGAUUGUAGUUGGACCCAUGACAAACUGUGCAAUUUUAUUACGUAUGUACGAAGAUGUCGCUGAAAAUAUUAAAGAUAUACGUAUUAUGGGUGGCAAUCAUCACGGAGUUGGAAAUGUUGUACAAGCAGCCGAAUUCAAUUUCCACAUGGAUCCGGAAGCUGCCCACAUUGUUCUUGCCAGUGCAAAGUGUCCCAUGCAUUUGUUAACGUGGGAAUGUUGUAAUAUUAAUGCCAAAACACCCAUGUCUUGGCGAUUAAAAGAACUUGGUACUGCAGCUGCUGGAAAAACAUGGCAGCUCAUUCAUCGAGCCGAAUCAAAGAUUUACAGUAAACCAAAGGAGCAUUGGCAUCCUUGUGACGCUUAUCUGGUUGCCACUCUUCUGUAUCCAGAGAUAAUCGUCGAUCAAAGCAUGGAACACGUGGAUGUUGAGCUUGCUGGAAGAUUAACGCGAGGACAAGUUGCUAUUGAUCAUAUGCACAAAAAGAAGCCUAAUGUUAAUCUUAUAAAAGAAAUCGAUUAUAAAUUCUUUGAGAAAAUCAUAAUGGCUGCCCAUACGCAACUAUAAACACGUCUAAGUAUUCACACUUUUACUUGUUUGAACAUUUACAACAAGAAAAAUAAUAAGAUAAUAACAUUA